AUGUUCCUCGCUGGAAAAAUCAUCAAAGUCGGCAUCAACCAGGCCAAGAAGCGCAAGGCCAAGAACCAACCUCAGUUCCAACAGCCCGACCCGAACUACAACUAUCCCCAACCUGGUUACCCCAUGGGAGAGUACCCACCAGGCGUUGCACCUGGUACAGACACCAAAUAUGUCCUGACUCCGCCUGCAACCAAGGCUGGCAAGCUCACCGCGAUGUUCAUGUCUGUUAUGCGCUUUCUCCAAUUCGUCUUCGGUCUCACUGUCGUCGCUCUCUACGGCGACGAUGUCCACCACGAUCACGAAGACGACCGCCAGGCAAACGCUAAAUGGGUAUUUGCUGUUAUUGUGGGUGGCUUGGCAACCCUGACAGCUUUAUGGCAUAUGAUCCUACCAUUCGUCAAGAGACGUGUGCACUCUGGCUCGAAUCAACAUACAUUCAACACGAAGGUGCUCUUGCCAGAGUUUAUUUGGGAGUUUAUUAUCUGUGUCAUCUGGAUUGUGCUGUUUGGUAUCUUCGGAAGCAUGUACAUUGGUGUUUAUGGUAGCGAUUCAAGCAGCAGCAGCAGCAAGAGGGAUUCGUCAAGCUCUAGCUCUUCGGAUUCUGGAUUGGGUGAUAAUGCAAAGAUCAAUCGCAUGCGUCAUGCUGUUUGGGUUGAUCUCGUGAAUCUGGUUAUGUGGAUUAUCACGUCGACUUGGGUGCUUCUUCGCUGGGUCAAGUCUCGUCGGGCUGCACUGGCAGCUGUGGCGCUUGAUGCGGGCUUCGAUGCUGAGAAGAUCUAA